UUUUUUUUAAAGAUUUAUUUAUUUAUUAUAUGUAAGUACGCUGUAGCUGUCUUCAGACACUCCAGAAAAGGGCAUCAGAUUUCGUUACAGAUGGUUGUGAGCCACCAUGUGGUUGCUGGGAUUUGAACUUGGGACCUUUGGAAGAGCAGUAGGCGCCCUUAACCACUGAGUCAUCUCGCCAGCCCCCAGCAGUGUUCUUUUUUAAUUUCCCAGAAUUUUUUUUUUUUUUUUUUUUUUUUUUUUUUUGGUUUUUCGAGACAGGGUUUCUCUGUAUAGCCCUGGCUGUCCUGGAGCUCACUUUGUAGACCAGGCUGGCCUCGAACUCAGAAAUCCGCCUGCCAUGCCUCCCGAGUGCUGGGAUUAAAGGCGUGCGCCACCACACCCGGCUCCCAGAAAUAUUUUAAAGAACAUUUUUUGUUUGUUUGAGGUAAGUUGUCUUGUAGCCCAGGCUGUCAGUGAAGGCUAACUGAAUUCUUGGUUUAUGCCACCAUCUCCAAAGAGCUACAAUUUUAGACAUGUGCCACCAUACCCAGUCUAUAUGGUGAUGGGGUUAAAACCCAGGGCCCGAGAGGUCUACCAAUUGAACUAUAUUGCCAAACCCAAAACCAGUGUCAUCAUAACUAUACUUCCAGGUUUCCCCCUAAAUUGUCACUGGCUCUUUUUCUAUAAGAAUUCAGGUUCAUCUUCUUGUGAACAUGACCUAAUAGUCAAUAAUCCCAAUUUUGUUAUGGAAGCCACUGGUGUGGCUCUAAUGAUAUCUUAGCUAUUGUCCAGGACUCUAUAGCUUCUUUCAUCCCUCCCUCCCUCCCUCCUUCCUUGUCUAACUCUGCCCUCAUUCCACCUGAUCUGACAGUACUAGGGCUUCAACCUUGGGUGCCAUAUAUGGGAGGCAAGUGCUCUAAUCAUUAAGUUACAGUUUCAGCUCUAGGGCAAGUGUUAUUAAGGUUCUGAAUUUGGGUGGAAACAAUUUACAUCUUAAUAACAUGUGAGUAAGCAUUUUCUUCAAUUCUUAAUGUAGGCUGCAGAGUGUAGGGCUUACUGGCUAUAUUACCUGUACUUGUUAUUAAACUCAGUAAUAAAAUGCUAAUUAAAAAAAUCUUAUUAUACAUAAGUACACUGUAGCUAUCUUCAAACACACCAGAAUAGGGCAUCAGAUCUCAUUAUGGUUGGUUGUGAGCCACCAUGUGGUUGCUGGGAUUUGAACUCAUGACCUUUGGAAGAGCAGUCAGUGCUCUUACCGGCUGAGCCAUCUCACCAGCCCUUGUUUGUUUGUUUGUUUGUUUGUUUGUUUGUUUUUUUCUGAGACAGGGUUUCUCUGAAUAGCCCUGGCUGUCCUGGCACUCACUCUUUAGACCAGGCUGGCCUGGAACUCAAAAAUCCGCCUGCCUCUGCCUCCCAAGUGCUGGGAUUGAAGGCGUGAGCUACCACCGCUUGGCAUAAAAUGCUAAUUUUUUAAAUCAAUUUUUUUUUUUUUUUUUGGUUUUUCGAGACAGGGUUUCUCUGUGUAGCCCUGGCUGUCCUGGAGCUCACUUUGUAGACCAGGCUGGCCUCGAACUCAGAAAUCCGCCUGCCAUGCCUCCCGAGUGCUGGGAUUAAAGGCGUGCGCCACCAUGCCCGGCUUUAAAUCAAUUUUUAAGUGUAUGUUAUAUUUUAUAAAUUUAAAAGUCAUAUUCUCUGCUAAAUGUGGUGAUGCCUUUGGUACCAAUACCUGAAAGACAGAGGCAGGCAGAUGUCUGAGUUUGAGGCCAACCUGAUCUAUGUAGUGAAUUCUGAGACAACCAGGGAUACACCAAGAAACUCCUGGUCUUGAAAAAUCAAAACAAAAACAACAACAACAAAAAAAUUAUGUCCUAUGUUCAGUUAUAUAGUGCUUGCCUAGUGUGCACAGGGAACUAAAUUUGAUCCCCAGCACUUAGAACUGACAUAUGUUAUUCUGAGAAGUGGUUAACACAGCAGGUUUUAUUAGAUUGCAAAGGGUGUCAGGGCACAUAAACACAUAAAUGUAAGAACCAUGCUCUAGAACCCAUCCACAGACUCCUAGUCCUUGUUAGUUAUGAUGUAUAUAAAAGCAUGCCAUACAGUUCAUUUUUUCCUCUACUCUAUUAAAAAUAUGGAUCACAUUCAAUGUUCUUCAUAUCAGACUUCUCUAUUUUCUAUUAUUUUCUUUUGUGCUGACUAUACAGGAGGCAGUCUUUAUGUAGCAUCAAAGUUCUUCAUGGUUAUUUUUUUUUCUCUAAAAAAUAAAAAAAAUUGUAUCACGAUGAACAGCUGAAUCUUGAAUUUAUACAGCUGAAUUCUUAACCUAAUGGGUGUUACCUAAAGCAUCACAUUGAAUGGCUCCUCCUUAAUGUGUUAAUUGGCAUAUCUACCUGGAAUGCUGGACGCUGGUGUUCAGUUUCCCAAGAGUGAAAUUGUAUGGUUUUGCAGGGUAUUGUGGUGUACACUUAAGUUGGAGGUAGAAGCAGGAGGAUCACUGCAGUUUUGAAGUCGGUUUAUCUAGCAAGUUCCAGGUUAGCCAGACAGUACACUCUGACUCAAAAACCAGCCACCACCCUCAAAACAAAUGAAAAAGCAAUAAAAAUCUUACCGAAAACUUUAGGUUUCUUUAUAAAAUACAUUUCUGUAACCUGGCUGUGGUAGCACACAGCUAAAAUCCCAGCUCUGACAGAAAGCAGGAGAACCAGGAAUUCAAGGUUAUCUACUGAGAGCCAGUAAUAGUUUAGAAUGUGGUAGUAUAGUAUUUAGGGUCUGGUGAUACACCUCAGUUGGUAGAGCGCUUAUCUACCAUAUAUAAAGUCUUGGAUUUGACCCAUAUUAACACAUAGGACAGGUGUGGUGACACACACCUCUAAUCCCAGGAUUCAGGAGAUGGCAGCAGGUGGACUAAAAGUUCACGGUCACUGAGUUCAGUGCCAGCUUGCCCAAAUUAAAAGACUUGGGUUUAAUAACUGGUUGUGGCAGUGAGUGCCUGUAAUUUCCAGCUCCUGGGAAACUGAGGCUGGAAGAUUGCUUGGAGUUGGAGGCCAGCUUGGAUUAGAAAAUGAGUUCAAGGGGCUGGAGAGAUGGCUCAGCGGUUAAGAGCUCUGGGCUGUUCUUCCAGAUGUCCUGAGUUCCAUUCCCAGCAACCACAUGGUGGCUCACAACCAUCUGCAAUGGGAUCCAGUGCCCUCUUUAGGUGUGUCUGAAGACAGCUAUAGUGUACUCAUAUACAUAAAAUAAAUGAAUAAAUGUUAAAGAAAAGGAAAAAAGAAAAUGAGUUCAAGGCCAGGCAAGGAUAUCUACUGAAACCAUGUUUUAAAAACCAUUGUUUGGGGUUAGAGAGAUGGCUCUGUGAUUAAAAGCACUUUCUGUACUAUUAGAGAUCCCAGGUUCAAUUCUCUGCAUCUGUUUGGCAGCUUUUGGGGUAACUGUCCUUUACUCUAGUUCUACUCAUGCCCUCUUCUGGUCUCCACAGACACUAGGCACUCACACAUAAGAUUAAAAAACAAACAACAACAUCAACAAAAACCUGCAAUAUUAAUCCCAGUGCUUGGAUGGUGGAGGCUCCUCAGUUUAAGGUUGCUAUGUUGGCUGAAUGUUUUUGAUGGCUUGCUUGGACUCAGAUUGCUAAGACCUUUUAAAUGAAGGUAUUAAGAAUCAGCUUGGGCAUUGCCGGGUGUGGUGGCGCACGCCUUUAAUCCCAGCACUCGGGAGGCAGAGGCAGGUGGAUUUCUGAGUUCGAGGCUAGCCUGGUCUACAAAGUGAUUUCCAGGACAGCCAGGGCUACACAGAAAAACCCUGUCUCAAAAAAACCAAAACCAAGGAAAAAAAAAAUCAGCUUGGGCAAUAGAGCAAUGGCUCAGUGGUUAAGAGCAUUGGUUCCUCUUCCAGAGGUCCCAGGUUUAAUUUCUAGCAACCACAUGGUAGCUCACAACUGUAUAUAACUCCAAGAUCUGAUACCCUCACCCAGACAUAUAUGCAGGCAAAACACUAACACAUUAAAAAACAACAACAAAAACAAACCAUAAACAGCAAUUUAAAAAAAAACAACAGAAAGAGUCAGCCUGAGUGAACUCAGUGUGCAAGUUUUACAGGGUUAUCCUGGAAGGGCCCUAUGGCAGCUGUGGAGAUGCACUGAUGCAUCUCACUGUUUAAAAAAGAUUACACAUAAGUUUGAUGUUUUAUCAUCAUAAAAUUAAAUAUCUACACACACCCACACACCCAGGGAAAAAAUAGCAAAACCCCAAACUCCACAACCACAAAAACCUGUUAAUUAUGGUGGCACAGCCUUAUUCUAGUUCUGGCAAGGCAGAGGCAGUAGGAUUUCCAAAAGUUCUAGGCCAGCUUGGUUUACACAUAGCAAGUUUUGGGCCAGGCUGGAUAAGUAGAGAAAUUCUUAAAAAAAAAAAAAAAAAAUUGGGGGGAGGGUGUGGGGGACUUUUGGGAUAGCAUUGGAAAUGUAAUUGAGGAAAAUACGUAAUAAAAAAAAUAAACAAACAAAAAAGGAUUUGAACACAAAAAUUAUAGGAACAAAACCAAUACAAAAUAGAAAAAUACUUCAGCUUUUUAUACAUUUAGUAGGCAAGUUACUGAACUGCUCUGUGUGUGUGUGUGUAUAAAUGGGGGGGAACCAAGUCUCACUUGGUAGUCUAUGCUGAUUUGGAGUCUGAGCUUCCCACAUCUGCCUCAUGAGUGCUACUUGGGAUUAUAAAUUAAGAUUAUAGGUGUGUACCAUUAAGCCUAGACAUUAUUAAAAUUUGAGCUUAGACCUUAUCUGUAAAAUGGAAAUUAAACAAUUUCUACUGCUUAAACUAAAUCACGUGUUCAGUGCUAAGCACAUCAGUGAAUGUUAGUUCUUGUUUUCGUUUAUGAGGUAAGUACACCACUGGCUGUAACAGUCAGUUUUGCUCCAGAUGAGAGGGAGCUGUUACCCAUGUGGGAAGAGAGGACAACUGAUACAGCAUCGAGUUUCUGUACCUUAGGUUUAGAUGUAUCUUUAGAAGUAAUGCUGCAGAGCCAGGCACCUAUAAAGUGCAGCCUUAUCUCAGGACAGGGGAAGUAGAGGUCGGGGGAUCUCUUUGAGUUCAAGGCCAGAGAGAAUUCAGCAGAGCAUGAGACCAAACAAACCAACCCUCAAAAAUGCUGCUACGAAUAGUCUUUCAUCCUGUGAAAGAACAUGUGAUGUGGCUGGAGAGAUGGCUCAGCAAUCGAGGACUCGGGUUCAAAUCCCAGCAUCCAUAUGACAGCUCACAACUAUAACUCCUGUUCUAGGGGAUCUAAUACCCUUAUACAGACAUACAUGCAGGCAAAACACCAACACAUAUAAACAAGUGAGUUAUUCCAGUUUUGCAUGUGGUGGCUUUUCUCCUCCGAAGUUAGUUGCUGAGUAGAAUAAAAUGUUGAAACAGAAAAAGAGUAAAUAUCUGUAGGAUUAAAUAAUAUAUGAAUGGUGAUCACUUUAUCCCCAUGAAUGUUGUUCAGAUAUGUUGUCAGAAAGGCCAGUGGAAAGUCAUUCCACAGAACAUGGAAAGCAUAGUUUGGCUCGACCAGACAGCUGGCAGGUCAGAGUAUGUGCUGUGGCUUCUUCAGCAUGACUUAGAUCCCUAAACCCUCAGUGGAAGGAGAGAACCAACUCCCAAAAGUGUGCUUUCCUCUACAUGCAGGCAUAUGCAUACACAGUAAAGUUUAAGGAAAAAACUUAAAAUUAUAAAAUGAAUGUGUCCAGAAGUGCAGCUCAGUUGCCCUUAGUUCAGUCUGUAGUACUCUUGACAGCACACUCACUCAAAACUAAAACCUUUUUGUAUCUUUUCUUGAGACAAGGUUUCUGGGCAGCCCUGACUGUCUUAGAACUUGCUCUAGAGACCAGACUGGCCUUGAACUUGGAGAUUGUCUGCUUCUGACUUUGCCUCCUGAGUGCUAGGAUUAGAGCCAUGAGCCACCACCACCAGGCUAACUGUAUGUCUUUGACAAGGCACCUUUCCUUUCUGGGCAUCUUAAAUGCAAACUGAAAAGCUGAACCAAAACUAUCCUGGUUCCUGUCAUUUUUUUUAGACAAGGUCCCUUGUAGUCUAGGAGGGCCUUGAACCUGUUAUGUAGCAGAGGAUGACCUUGAAUUUUAAAUACUCCUACCUUUCUAGUGCAGUGAUUACAGGUAUGAGCCACUAUUUCUGGUUUUACUCUUAGACUUUUAUAUGAUUUCCAGUGUUUAUACUUCAAACAACAACAAAACCCAAACAGUUGGGAGGCAGAGGCAGGCGGAUUUCUGAGUUCGAGGCCAGCCCGGAUUACAGGGUGAGUUCCAGGACAGCAGGAUGUAUAGCAUACAGAGAAACCCUGUCUCGAAAAACCAAGAAAAAAAACAAACCCAAAACAAACACCAAACAGAUUGAGCAUCUGGGGAGUUUGUAGAAAAUGAUGAAGGCAGUGGUGGGAUUUUCAUGUAAAGAUGAAGAAAUAUGACUCCUAUGGUGUGACAGUAUAUUUAGCUACUAUGUGUGAGGCUUUGAGUUCUAUCUUUAGACUAAAAUAGGAUAGUAAUUGUAAAUUUGGUAAAAACAACCAAAUCUCAGAGAAUUAAAACUGCUUGAAAGAUGAAGGCUUGAUCGGCUUAAGUGGUAGCUGUGGCCGGAGAGUUGGUGUAGUGGGUAAAGGCUAAGUUAAUCAUCUCCCUCUAUCCACAUGGUGGAAGGAGAAAGCCAACACUGAAAGUUACCCCCUGGCCUUCAUACUCAUGCCAUGAAUACAUGAGCAUGUUUACACACACGUAUACUCUAACAAAAUAGUUGAUAUAUAAAAUAAAGAGUGUAUAGUUCUUUAAGUUUACUAGAGCAGAGGGUAGUUUAGGCUUAAGAAUAGGCCUGAUAUAAUUUAAGGAUUAUAAAAUCAUAGAUGUGUGAUUCAGCCCUAGUUCAGAUUUGCCCAAUAAAUGAAGGCAUUUUACUUUUUUUUUUUUUUUUGGUUUUUUUUUCUGUAUAGUCCUGGCUGUCCUGGAACUCACAAAUCCGCCUACCUCUGCCUCCCAAGUGCUGGGAUUAAAGGCGUGUGCCACUUCUGCCUGGCUGGCAUUUUUCAUUUAACGGCUUAGGAACACAUUCAGUUUACCCAGCAUUCACUGUCUGCUUAGAAGUGCCUUUUGGCUCUCCCCAGCAGCAGUUUCUUGAGCACUGCCAUACUCAAGGGACACAGAGUCUGUGGCUGUUAGUCUAGUUGUAUACCUAGGCUUCCAGGGUUCUGGGGUGACAAGCAUGAGCCACUGUGACCAGUAAAUAUGUGCAACUUAAAGUAAAAAAAUCACUAUAUAAAGUCUAAGGUUCCCAGGAAUUAAUGUAGACCGAUGAGACCCUAAUGGUCUCAUAAAUAUAUAAAAGUAUCUUAGUAGAAGCAGAGAGGGAUGGAAAAGAUGACUCAGUGGGUUAAAGUGCUACAUGGUCAUGAGGACCAGAGUUAGGACCUCUACCACUUCAAUUUAAAAGUUAAAAAAAAAAGGGUUUAGAGACGUGCAUUUGAGUCCUAGUACUGGAGGUGGGGAUAUCACAAUUCCAGAGACUUGCUGGCCCUGCCAAAGUUGUAGAAAAUAUUUAAUCAGAGGUUUUAUCUUGCCUCAGAUCCUUUAUUUUCCAGAUAAAAGACACAAAGCCUUUAUAUUUUCGAGCCUUUAAAGCUCUAGAGUUGGGCAGUUAUCUACCCUCUAAGCUAUUAGUAUCUAUUUCCCUAUCAAUAACCCCGAGUUAUAAUUUGUUCUGCCUGGGCUGCUCUUAACUCCAUUUGACCAGCUUUCAGGGCCAUGUUUUUUUUCUCUUCCUUGUGGUCUCCUGUCUCAGACCUCCUGUCCCAGGAACCAAAACUCCACCCAUCUCUCUUCUGCCUGUAGGCUGCAGGCAUCUUUAUUCAUUAAUCAGGGAUAAUUUAGGGGGCAAAGUUACAUCUAGUCUCUUCUGCUACUCGUCCCAGAGUCAACCUAGGCCAGUAUUUAGCGUUAUAAUACAUUGCUACAGACCAGAUCUCACAUCAGUUUUAAAUUAAGGAACAAGGUUUGCACAACAAAGGCUGGUAUGCGUGAGAAUCUGCUCUUGGACCUAGCCCUGCUUGUACAGAAUUCAGCAUUACAAUACAGAGCAACCAACCAAGCUCAACAGUAAGCUACUAAAGUGGCAAAUUCCGGGUUCUUUAAGAACCCUGUCUCAAAAGAAGGAGAGGCCAUUGAGAUGGCUCAGUAGAUAGAAACACUUGCCAACCAGUCAAUCUAAUAACUUUGACCCCUAAACCUGUAAAGCACAGAUUUCCACAUACCCAUGGCGCACACUCAUGUUAUGUACAUUUAAAAAAAAUGGAGUAAGAUAGAGGCAGACACUCUGCCUCUGCACACAUGUACAUACAAAGGUUUGACCUUGAAAAGGAAUGAAAUCUGAGACAAAUGAGUAUAUAUAAGCCUGAUACUCCUAAACAUUUUUUAUUAUACCCUGGUUUGUUUUUGUGUUUGUAUACACAUAUAUGCCACAGUGUGUAUGUGUGGGGGCAUUAGAGGAUAACUUCAGGAGUCGGUUCUCUCCUUCUACUCUGGUCCUUGACCUUGAACUAAGGCUGUCAGAUUGACAGCAGAUGCCUUUACCCACUGAGCCACCUUGCUGGCUACCAGGGCAAUCAUAACUGAUAAAGUUGUAUUUAAUAAGGCUGCAGGUUGCAUGCAUACUACAGUUUGAUAAUUAAAUGAGUGAUUGGACACCGGCUGCUCGCUGUUGUAAUGGAAAUUGUUUUUUCCCCAAGACAGGGUAUUUCUGUGUAGCUCUGGAUGUCCUUCCUGGAACUCAAUCUGUAGGUCAGGCUGACCUUGAACUCAGAGACCCAUUUACCCAUGUGAAUGGAGGGAUUAAAGUGCUGGGAUUAAGGCGGGCGUGGUGGCACACACCUUUAAUCCCAGCACUCAGGAGGAAGAGGCAGGUGGAUUUCUGAGUUUGAGGCCAGCCUGGUCUACAAAGUGAGUUCCAGGACAGCCAGGGCUACACAGAGAAACCCUGUCUCGAAAAACCAAAAAAAAAAAAAAGAAAAAAAAGUGCUGGGAUUAAAGGUGUGUGUGCACCAUUAUGCCCAGUUUUGCAGCCGGAAUAUAUAGGCAAGCAAGGAAAGGGGGUUAUUUCAGUAUGAACCUGCUUAGCUUAAUCUAUAGAUACAGAUCACUAUACUUAGAGAUAUUGAGAUACAUGCCCUAUUUAACAUGGACAUAUAUAACACAUGCAUGUUGUUUUAGUUAAGAAAGUUACAUAGUGACAUCAUGUAGUACACAUGGUGCCUAGAUCUUUUUUGUUUGUUUUGUUUUUUCUUAAAUGAUUUUUUAAAAGAUUUUAAAAUUUAUUUAUUUAUGUAUAUGAGUGCUCAGUUUGCAUGUAUGCCAGAGUGACAGAAGAGGGCAUCUGAUCUCAUUACAGAUGGCUGUGAGCCACCAUGGGCUUGCUGGAAAUUGAACUCAGAACCUUUGGAAGAAGAACCAAUAUUCUUAGCUGCUGAACUAUUUCCCCAGCUCUUUCUUUGGUUUUCCAAGAUAGGGUUUCUCUGUGUAGUCCGGGCUUUCCUGGAAUUCUAGAUCAGGCUGGCUUCUAACUCAAGAGAUCCCAAGUGCUGGGAUUAAAGUUGUGCACUAUUACUACCCCAAUAGUGUCUAUAUAUGUUUUAUCUUCAGUAAAAGGAAAAAGGGCUGUGUUGUGGUUCUAAGGAGAAUAUGAGAAUGCCCCCUCCCCCCGCCCCCGUAGCUUCAUAUAUUUGAAUUUGGUUUCCAGUUGGUGAAUUGUGUAGAAAGGAUUAAGAGGUGUGACCUUGUCGUAUCAUUGGGUGGAGGUUUGAGGUCUCAAAACCCCUACUAGGUCCAGUUCCAUUCUCUUUUUGCUUCUGCCUGUGGAUCAGGAUACAGGCUCUCUAGCAUUAUGCCCUCCUGUUUUCCUCUGUGCUCCUUACCAUGAUGAUCAUGGACUAACCCUCUGCAAUUGUAAGCAAGCUACCAUUUAAAUGCUUUUCUUUAUACAUUGCCUUGGCCAUUUGAGAUUUUUUUGUUUGUUUGAAUAGAACAGUAAUUUAAGCUGCUUAGAGAAAUGACCAGUUAUAGAAUUGAUGCAGGAAAUAUAUAUGAAAUAGAGACCCAUAGAUAAGGGGUGGUAAUUGCUAACAAAAAUAAGUUGUUCCUAGCCGGGCGUGGUGGUGCACGCCUUUAAUCCCAGAAUUUGGGAGGCAAAGGCAGGCGGAUUUCUGAGUUCCAGGCCAGCCUAGUCUACAAAGUGGGUUCCAGGACAGCCAGGGCUACACAGAGAAACCCUAUUUCGAAAAACAAAACAACAACAACAAUAAAAAAUUGUUUCAGCUUUGAUAUUGGGAAUGCUUAUUGGUGUGCUCAUUUGAUGUACCUGUCGAUUUAGAUUUGUUGCUGCUGCCCUGUUUUUGUUUGUUUGGUCUUUCCUUUCCUUUCCUUUCCUUUCCUUUCCUUUCCUUUCCUUUCCUUUCCUUUCCUUUCCUUUCCUUUCUUUUUUUUUUUUUUUUUAAGAUUUAUUUAUUAUGUUUACAGUAUCCUGCCUAUGUGUAUGCCUGCAGGCUGGAAGAAGGCACCAGAUUUCAUUAUAGAUGAUUGUGAGCCAACAUGUGGUUGCUGGGAAUUGAACUCAGGACCUCAGGAAGAGCACCCAGUGUUCUUAACCUCCUAGCCAUCUCUCCAGCUCGGUUUGUGUAACAGCCGUGUCCUGGAACUUGCUCUAUGGACCAAGCUGGCCUCAAAAUCUCAGAGAUCUACAUGCCUCUAGAAGUGCUGGAAUUAAAGCUGUGCAGUUGGAGGUCCUCGUGCAUGAAGACAAAUUUGUUCUAUGGCCUCGGAGUUGGGUGCCGGGGACGAUGGCAGCAGCACUGAGCUGGCAAAGCCCCUUUAUCUUCAGUACCUGGAGAGAGCCUUGCGGUUGGACCACUUUCUGCGACAAACAUCAGCCAUCUUCAACAGGAAUAUUUCUAGUGAUGACAGUGAAGAUGGACUGGAUGACAAUAAUCCCUUAUUGCCUGAGUCUGGGGAUCCCUUAAUACAAGUAAAAGAAGAGCCUCCAAAUUCAUUGCUUGGCGAAACCUCUGGAGCAAGCAGUUCUGGGUUGUUGAACCCAUAUUCACUGAACGGCGUUCUGCAGUCAGAAUCAAAAUCUGACAAGGGGAAUUUAUAUAACUUCUCUAAGUUGAAGAAAAGCAGAAAGUGGCUAAAGAGCAUUCUUUUAAGUGAUGAGUCCAGUGAGGCAGAUUCUCAGAGUGAAGACAAUGAUGAUGAAGAAGAAGAACUCAGUCUCAGCAGAGAAGAACUUCACAACAUGCUUCGAUUACACAAAUAUAAGAAACUUCACCAAAAUAAAUAUAGUAAAGAUAAGGAGUUGCAGCAGUACCAGUACUACAGUGCAGGCCUGCUCUCUACAUACGACCCUUUCUAUGAGCAACAGCGCCACUUGCUUGGACCCAAAAAGAAGAAAUUCAAGGAAGACAAGAAGCUUAAAGCCAAGUUGAAAAAAGUGAAGAAAAAAAGAAGACGUGAUGAAGAGUUUUCCUCUGAAGAAUCUCCACGUCACCACCAUCACCAGACCAAAGUCUUUGCUAAGUUUUCUCAUGAUGCACCUCCCCCUGGCACCAAGAAGAAACACUUAUCCAUUGAGCAGCUUAAUGCCCGCCGCAGGAAAGUGUGGCUGAGCAUCGUGAAAAAGGAACUACCAAAGGCCAACAAGCAGAAGUCUUCAGCUCGAAACUUAUUUCUUACCAAUAGCCGAAAGCUUGCCCAUCAAUGCAUGAAGGAGGUGCGUCGAGCUGCUUUGCAAGCACAGAAAAACUGUAAGGAGACUCUGCCUCGAGCCCGGCGCCUAACAAAAGAGAUGCUUCUGUACUGGAAGAAGUAUGAGAAGGUGGAGAAGGAGCACCGCAAGCGAGCAGAGAAGGAAGCUCUGGAGCAGCGCAAGUUGGAUGAGGAAAUGCGGGAGGCCAAGAGGCAACAACGAAAACUCAACUUCUUAAUCACUCAGACAGAAUUGUAUGCUCAUUUUAUGAGUCGAAAACGUGAUAUGGGUCAUGAUGGAAUCCAGGAAGAAAUCUUAAGGAAACUAGAAGAUAGUUCUACCCAGAGACAAAUUGACAUUGGUGGAGGAGUGGUGGUUAACAUCACCCAAGAAGACUAUGAUAGUAACCAUUUUAAAGCCCAGGCCCUGAAGAAUGCUGAAAAUGCUUAUCAUAUUCACCAAGCUCGAACAAGGUCAUUUGAUGAAGAUGCAAAAGAAAGUCGGGCAGCUGCCCUUAGGGCAGCAGACAAGUCUGGCUCUGGGUUUGGGGAGAGUUAUAGCUUAGCAAAUCCAUCUAUCCGGGCCGGUGAGGAUAUUCCGCAACCCACUAUUUUCAAUGGCAAGUUGAAAGGUUACCAGCUGAAAGGCAUGAACUGGUUAGCAAAUUUAUAUGAACAGGGUAUUAAUGGAAUUCUUGCUGAUGAAAUGGGUCUUGGUAAAACUGUACAGAGCAUUGCCCUCCUGGCCCAUCUGGCUGAGAGAGAAAACAUUUGGGGACCUUUCUUAAUAAUUUCACCUGCUUCUACACUUAAUAAUUGGCACCAGGAGUUUACAAGAUUUGUUCCUAAAUUUAAGGUGCUACCAUAUUGGGGAAAUCCUCAUGAUAGAAAAGUUAUCCGGAGAUUCUGGAGUCAGAAGACCUUAUAUACUCAGGAUGCCCCCUUUCAUGUGGUCAUCACUAGCUACCAGCUGGUGGUUCAGGAUGUCAAGUACUUCCAGCGGGUCAAGUGGCAAUACAUGGUACUGGAUGAAGCUCAGGCACUGAAGAGCAGUUCCAGUGUUCGUUGGAAGAUUCUCUUACAAUUCCAGUGUCGAAAUCGACUUUUGUUAACUGGAACCCCCAUUCAGAAUACCAUGGCAGAGCUCUGGGCUCUGCUACAUUUCAUUAUGCCAACAUUAUUUGAUUCGCAUGAAGAAUUUAAUGAAUGGUUUUCCAAAGACAUUGAAAGUCAUGCUGAAAACAAAUCUGCUAUUGAUGAGAAUCAACUCUCUCGUUUACACAUGAUCUUGAAACCAUUUAUGCUGAGAAGAAUCAAAAAAGAUGUAGAAAAUGAAUUGUCUGACAAGAUUGAGAUUCUAACGUACUGCCAAUUGACCAGUCGACAAAAACUCUUAUAUCAGGCACUAAAGAAUAAAAUUUCCAUUGAGGACUUACUGCAGUCUUCAAUGGGCUCCACACAACAAGCACAGAACACCACCAGCAGCCUCAUGAAUUUAGUCAUGCAAUUCAGGAAGGUGUGUAAUCACCCAGAGUUAUUCGAACGGCAAGAAACGUGGUCUCCAUUUCAUAUUUCUCUAAAGCCAUAUGAAAUUUCGAAGUUUAUUUAUCGUCAUGGACAGAUCAGGGUCUUCAACCACUCACGAGAUAGGUGGUUGAAGGUUCUUCUCUCUCCGUUUGCACCAGAUUAUAUCCAGCAGUCUCUCUUCCAUAGGAAAGGUAUUAAUGAAGGAAGCUGUUUUUCUUUCCUUCGAUUUAUUGAUGUCUCGCCAGCAGAAAUGGCAAACCUCAUGCUUCAGGGACUUUUGGCCAGGUGGUUAGCUCUUUUCCUAUCUCUGAAAGCCUCCUACAGGCUCCACCAGCUGCGCUCUUGGGCAGAGCCGGAUGGGACAAGCCAUCAGAGCUAUCUGAGAAACAAGGAUUUUCUUCUCGGAGUUGAUUUCCCACUUUCCUUCCCUAACCUUUGCAGCUGCCCUUUGUUAAAGUCUCUUGUUUUCAGCAGCCACUGUAAAGCAGUGAGUGGCUACUCAGACCAUGUUGUCCAUCAGCGGAGAUCAGCUACCUCCUCACUUCGUUGCUGCCUCCUCACUGAGCUGCCGUCUUUUUUGUGUGUGGCCAGUCCACGAGUCACCGCAGUGCCGUUGGAUUCUUACUGUAAUGACAGAAGUGCAGAGUAUGAGAGAGGAGUUCUGAAGGAAGGAGGGAGUCUGGCUGCCAAGCAGUGUUUGUUGAAUGGGGCUCCUGAGCUGGCUACGGAUUGGCUGAGUCGCAGAUCCCAGUUCUUCCCAGAGCCAGCUGGAGGGCUGCUGAGCAUUAGACCCCAGAACGGCUGGUCUUUCAUCAGAAUUCCAGGCAAGGAGAGCCUCAUCACUGACAGUGGAAAGCUGUAUGCCCUUGAUGUCCUGUUGACUCGGCUCAAGUCUCAAGGACAUAGGGUCCUUAUCUACUCUCAGAUGACCAGAAUGAUAGACCUGCUGGAGGAAUAUAUGGUAUACAGGAAGCAUACCUACAUGAGGCUGGAUGGCUCGUCCAAGAUCUCAGAGAGACGGGACAUGGUGGCUGAUUUUCAGACCAGGAACGACAUCUUUGUGUUUCUGUUAAGCACGCGAGCUGGAGGACUGGGUAUCAAUCUCACAGCUGCAGACACAGUGAUUUUCUACGACAGUGACUGGAACCCCACUGUAGACCAGCAGGCCAUGGAUAGGGCCCACCGCUUGGGGCAAACAAAACAGGUCACUGUGUACCGGCUUAUCUGUAAAGGCACAAUUGAGGAGCGUAUUCUGCAGAGAGCCAAGGAAAAGAGUGAGAUUCAGCGCAUGGUGAUUUCUGGUGGGAACUUCAAACCAGAUACCUUGAAACCCAAAGAGGUGGUUAGCCUUCUUCUAGAUGACGAAGAACUGGAAAAGAAACUGAGACUGCGGCAGGAAGAGAAACGGCAGCAGGAGGAAAGCAACCGAGUGAAAGAACGCAAACGCAAGCGGGAGAAGUACGCAGAAAAGAAGAAAAAGGAAGAUGAGUUGGAUGGGAAGAGGAGGAAAGAGGGUGUGAACCUCGUGAUCCCGUUUGUUCCCUCUGCUGACAACUCCAACCUCUCCGCUGAUGGGGAUGAUUCCUUCAUCAGUGUCGACUCAGCCAUGCCCAGCCCUUUCAGUGAGAUCUCAAUCAGCAGUGAACUGCACACUGGCUCUAUUCCCCCUGAUGAGAGCAGCAGUGACAUGUUAGUCAUCGUGGAUGACCCAGCCUCCUCAGCACCUCAGUCGAGAGCCACCAACUCUCCUGCUUCCAUAACAGGCUCUGUGUCAGACACUGUGAAUGGAAUUUCCAUUCAGGAAGUGCCAGCUGCAGGACGUGGUCACUCAGCUCGAAGCCGAGGCCGCCCCAAGGGUUCAGGAAGCACAGCCAAAGGAGCAGGCAAAGGCCGAAGCCGCAAGUCCACUGCAGGCAGUGCUGCUGCGAUGGCAGGAGCCAAAGCAGGGGCUGCAGCAGCUUCUGCAGCUGCUUAUGCUGCAUACGGGUACAAUGUGUCUAAAGGAAUCUCCGCAAGCAGUCCUCUGCAGACAUCCAUUGUCCGACCUGCUGGCCUUGCAGACUUUGGACCUUCAAGCGCCUCUUCUCCCUUAAGUUCCCCUCUGAACAAAGGAAAUAAUAUUCCUGGGACUCCUAAAAGCCUCCACAUGACCAGCAGCCUAGCCUCAGACUCCUUGAUCCGGAAACAGGGCAAAGGCACCAACCCCUCUGGAGGACGGUAACCAUGGUAACCAUCUCUGCCCUCUAGCUUCCUUCAACCAAACCAGGGGCUACAGUCCUGAGCCAUAGGUGGUCUUUGGAUGGCUUGCCUAGUGUGGCAUCUUGCAUCCUAUUUGGAGAGUGGAAAGGACCAGUUGUAGCAGGAGAGAACAGGCAGGUGGUUGGUGUGAGCACUUUUAUCACCUGUUUCCAAAGGAAUAUCCUGGGUUCGGCCCCACAGCAUCUUAGAUGUACUCUGCAGCCGUACUCUUAACCUCUUUCUGGGGACGGGCCUGACACAGAACCCUUUUAUAGAUGCUCAGGCACACUGUCUCCAUCCCCAUCCUACUCUUCAGCUCUGACCAUGUCCCUCAUGAAAGCUCCAUGGGUGCUGUGAAGAGCCUUCCAUAGUGGAGACUUGUCUAAAGGUUAUGGUUUCCUGCAGGACUAGGGAGGAAGUGGUUCCCUGGCAUCCAUAGUCUGGGACCGCUCCUGGGUCUCUAAACCCUGUUUGCCACAGUGUCAUCACUGAAGAACAGAACACAGUGAAUGCCAGAGAAGAUGGUGGCUGUAAGGAUGAGAGGCUGGAGCAAGCAGAGCCACAGGCAGUUAUCCCAGCAUUUCCUCCUGUCCAGCACAGUUCACACCAGGGAAGCUUUAGGUCCCACCAGCAACAGUAGCAGCAGCUCCCACUCAAGGGACUUCCCAGAAGCCAGUAAAGAGACCAGGAACCACCUCAAUCAGCAGGACAUCCUCACCACCCUCUUGCAGAUGCCCCUUUGCCCAUCCUGAAUGCACAGCCUCCCCGGCUUUGCCCUUCAGCCCCUGCUUGGCUGUAUGCACUGUCUGUAUUGCACUGAGAAAGAAGGGACAGCAGGAGUGAGAUGGGGAGGGAGCUGGCUCAGCACCACCCCUCCCAGCCCUGCCCCACUCGCCUGAGCUUGCUGCCCUCUGAGAGGGGAAAAGGGCGGCUGGGAGGGCUUUCCACCUGAUGUCCCUGGUGGAACAGGUGCUUCUGGGCGGGCCAGCCUCUAAUUUGCACACCUGAAAUCGCGGAAUUGAGUUUAGAUAGAUUGAUUUUUUAAACACUUUUUUUUUUUUUGGAGUAGGUGUAGGGGAAUCAUUUAAUUUAAAUCAUAAAGAUUCCCCUACCCAAACCCUGACUCCUGUGUACAGAUGCUCUUUAGAGGGAAUCAGAAAAAUGCCAAGCCUUUUUUUCUCUUUGAAUGUGCUGUCUAUUUUUAUAACUGAACUUGUACAUAUGUAUAAAGAGAGACACAUCUUUCUUUUACUAACUGGAUAAAAAAAAUCUUAAAUAAAAUGGAGUGAGAUAAUUUUA